CUCUUAGCAACGGUGCCUCAGCAACAGAGCCAGGGCAACAGAGCUCCACGGCAACAGAGUGCCGUGUCUCCCCAAUGGAGCUGCCAUUGGGUGGACCAGCUCUUAGGCACUACACCCAGAGCAGACCGAGACCUCACCGACAAAAACUCAACUAUCGUCCCAGCAGACCGCAGGAGACAAUAAUUGAAAGUGAAAAUGAAGUCCUUGAGCUCAACGGGCGUGUUGAUGAAGGAGUGGAGGAGUUUUUUACCAAGAAAGUUCUUCCUGCUGAGAUGGAGAAAAAGCAAGAUGAGGAACCAUUACAUGAGGAAGUCAUCACAGUGGACGAAGUGGUUCCUGCCACCUCCAUCCCUUGCCCGCCGCCCACGAAAACACUCAGGAGGAAGCUUGGGGAUUUCUUUACCCUCAGAAAGAGACGAGGUGUGAAAUCAGAGCCGGGGCAUGAGGGCCGACCUAAGAAGGCCUCCAUCGCUGAUCUAAUUCGCCCUCUUAGGGAGGCGGCCAGAGCCGAGAAAGAAAAAGAUAAGGACCGUGUCAAAGAACACGAAAAGGAGAAUGAAAAUGAGAAAGGCAAAGAGCAACCCAGUGGUAUCCCCGGAGAGUCGCCUCUACAGGAAACAGCUGCAAUGGAUGCUCAGCCACUGAGGGGUGAAGGGGUGCCACCCCGCCGUGCUCUCAGAGAAGGGAAGUCCCAGUCUCUUAUUUUACUGUCUGGUUCAGCAUCAGCGACCGCUAAUGCCAGAAAGAAACAGUUUGAAGGACAACAUAGCUUUGAACAAAAACUUCAUCUAAUGCUUCAGCGUAUUGGUGUUUCCAAAGCUCAGCCAGAAGAGACACAGAAUCCAGAGAGAGAGAUGAAAAAAGCAGAAUCUGAAGGCACCAUUAUUGACAGUAAAGCUGAACCAACCCCGACUUUUACAAAACACAGAACUAUGUCAGCAUCAUCAGAUACGCGUCAUCCAAUUCGAUCAAGCGUGUCAGCACAUGAGUCAGCUGGAAAGCCUCCUUUGCUUCCAAAGCCAGUCGUCAAGCCCGGUCCGGGCCCCACAACAUCUGGCCGCAACACGCCUGAGAAUGAGCUUGUCCAAAUAGAGGAGGGGGAAACAAGCACACCCCCUAAAUUAAUAUUUGCUGCUCCAUCUGGUCACGCUACUCCAGCUGUAACCACAUACACCAACCCUGACUCGAACAACGAUCUUAUUUCCUCUUCUAGUACUGUAACAUCUGACUCUGAGUUAGCUACUGUUACCACUACUGCAACACCCACAAACGGUACAGAUCAAGGUGGCAAACCUUCUGAGCCUGAAGCACAGCCUGUUAGCACAGAACCAUCCACUUCUAAUUUCCCAAUAGCUGUUACAGAACCCACCACCACCGCCCCUAAUACUUCCACUUGCUUGGAAUUUUUCACUUCAAGCACCUGUGCCACUUCUGACUCGACAAUUUCCAUAACCACCUUGGAAACUGUUUUUGCUCAUCACAGUAAAAGUCUGUCAACACCAACAGAUAUGUCAGUUAAGCCAUCAAGGCCAGAGUCUAACGGCAUAGUCUCAGUUCGUGAUGAAGCCUUUACUGUCGUUGCAACAGUAGGACCGAUUAUCCAACCAGAAGAUAUCAAAUCUAAUGCUGCAACCACCUCAAUUUCACCUACUGUAGCUAGUGAUGACUUAAAAUCAGUGUCACCUACAACCCCAAUAUCUUUGAAAAGCACUAAAAUCACAUCUGUGGCCCUGACCUCAACUCCUCCUGCAUCCCAUACCCCAAUUACCAGCUCCUCCACUAUUCCUCCUGCCAGCAACACCGCCAUCACCACCACAACAUUGACUGACUGCAUAGACUCUUCUUCUUCCAUUGUCCCCAACGCCCCAUCCAGUGAAUCCAACCUCACUACCAGCAGUAAUGCAGGUUUAACGACUACAGAUGCAAUUAGUUCCCCGUUCACGACUGACCCACUUUCCUGUAAGAAGACCAGCUCUGCGCUUUCAUCAGGUAUGAUCUGCCUCCCAUCUUCUGAUGACUCUAGUCUAACCACUCCAGCACUCACCCAUGAUAGUCCAGGACGAGAUUUACACACAAAUAUCGACGAAAGAUCGAGUCCGCCUGUUAAAGACUUGGCAGGCGUUGAGUUUGAGGUGGUCCAAAAGAACAAAAAAACUGAAAUCAAGAUAGUCGUGGAUGAUGCGGAAGCGAGUGAGCCUUGUAUGGAGAAAGCAACUCAAGACAACAGCGACGAAGGGACAAAGAAAGAGGUGCAAGAAGCAAGUGUGAAAGCGGAAGAUGUCACAGUUUCGGCUGAGGGGGGAGUGACUGAAUCUGCAUCCGAGAACAAGCGCCGAAACCAAGAAGAAACCAAGUCCGUGGAUGGGAAGUAAUUAAAAAGGAUACUUAUGGAAUUGCUGAAUUUGGGACCAACUACUGUGACGUAGGCAGGUUAGGCCACAGUAAAGAUUAAAGUUUAAAUGAUCCAUGGCACUUCCUAUACAGGGACCACCAACACAACAGCAGCACACCACACACCCAGUGGGCCACUGGACCAAAGAACAGAGAUCCCCUUGGUGUGAUAUAAUCGACAAUUCCAGCAGUGUCUUUGUCCUUUUUUUUAACUUGUGUUUGAUUUUUUUUGCAUUGCACGUAUGAUUAUGUACUAUAAAAAAGUAUUGUGUUUUAAAGACACCAUGUUUACAAUAGAGGGAUAAAAGAAAAUAGAUAUGACUAUUAAAUGGAUUAUUGAAUUGAUCGUUAGUGAGACGUUU